GAAAGGAGAGGAGGGAAAACGGGGAAGGCGCGCAAAAGGGAGUUCUUUUCGCCGAACGUUGGCAUCGCGGCAUCAUCUUUGACAGCCGCCACAGCAGUUGUGUCAAAACUCGAUUUGGCUCGGCAGAGAAGGUUGGAGUAAAAAAAUAAAAAGAAGCUCUCGGCUCUCCGGCGCACACACACACACACACUGCUUGCCCAGUUGUCCACUUUUUUGGUGUGUGAUUUUUCAACAGACGAUUGGCGCACUGAAAACGGCAAAAUUGUACGCGAAAAAUGGCUGAUGCAGAGCUUGCUAAGGCCCUGAAAGACUUGCCGAACCGAGUGCUGAACGUGCCCGUCGAGGAGCGGCCGGAACUGUUCCAGAAUGUGAUUGCGGUGCUGCCAAAUCCGGGAAUUAACGCGACCAUUGUGCGAGGAAUAUGCAAAGUGAUCGGUACGACACUCACCAAAUACAAGGAUCCGGAAUCGCAGGCGCUGGUGCGGGACCUGCUGGUGGCGGUGCUGAAACAGCAUCCCGACCUAGCGUACGAACACUUCAACGCCGUACUGAAGGCGCUGCUGACGAAGGAUCUGGCCAGUGCGCCACCAGUGAAGGGAGCGCAAGCGUCCGCCCUUGCGCUAGGAUGGGCCAACCUGGUUGCCCUGCACGCGGACCACGAGACGGCCGUGGGGAAGAAGGAGUUCCCGAAGCUGCUUGACAUUCAGGCCGGCCUGUACCAGCUGUCCCUGACGUCCGGCAUGCAGAAGGUGUCGGACAAAGCGUACAGCUUCGUGCGGGAUUUCUUCGCCAGCGGGGACGACGGUCUCGCCCAGCGCUACUUCGAUCGGCUGCUCGCGACGGAACCGUCCAGCGGCGUGAUUGUGAUGCUGUGCACGAUCGUGCGGUUCGUGCGGGAGGAGCGAGGGGCGGAGGCGGCGGAAUCGUUGCUGACCCAGCACAAGACCAAACUGUUGGACCAUCUGGUGAAGGGUUUGAUCACGGUGAAGACGAAACCGCACGCGAGCGAUAUCAUCGCCUGCUCCCCACUGCUCAAAGCCAUCACCAAGGACGAGCUGAAGACGGUGGUGGUGCCCGCGCUGCAGCGGUCGAUGCUGCGGUCGGCUGAAGUCAUCCUCCGUGCGGUCGGUGCAAUCGUGAACGAGCUGGAGCUGGACGUGAGCGAUUACGCGCUCGAUCUGGGCAAACCGUUGGUGCAGAAUCUGGCCUCGAAGGAGGAAACGGUGCGCCAGGAAGCGGUCGAGUCGCUGAAGCAGGUUGCACUCAAGUGCGGCACCGCCGGUGCGAUCGAGGCGUUGCUCAAGGAAGUGUUUGCCGUGCUGAACGGGUCCGGGGGAAAGAUUACGGUGGCCGAGCUGAGGAUAAAUCUGCUACAGGGUGCCGGUAAUUUAAGCUACAACAAAAUUCCACCCCAAAAGGUACAGACCAUCCUGCCCGCCGUUUGCGACCAGUUUUCCAAGGUGAUCGAGGCGGAAAUACAGGAGAAGGUCGUGUGCCACGCGCUGGAAAUGUUUGGCCUGUGGACGGUGUAUCAUCGCGGAGACAUUCCCAACAAAAUCGUGCAAUUGUUCCGGAAGGGUAUGGACGCGAAGGGACAGACGAUCCGCACGAGCUACCUGCAGUGGUUCCUGUCCUGCCUGCACGACGGCAAGCUGCCGAGCGGGGCCGACUUUACCGCGACACUGUCGAAGAUCGUGGAACGGGCCGCUCAAAGCCCGGCCCAGACGCCCGUCGUGUCGGAGGGUGUCGGUGCCGCCUGCAUCCUGCUCCUAACGAACGGUAACGUGUGCGAGAAGCUGAAAGACUUUUGGAACAUCGUGCUCGACACGGGCAAGUCGCCGUUCCUCAGCGAACGGUUCCUCUCGACCACGAACGCGGAGACGCGCUGCUACGUGAUGGUAAUCUGCGAGCAGCUGCUCAUCAAGCACCGGAGCGAGCUAAAGGGCGGCGACAGCGCAAUCGACCCGCUGAUACGGGCGGCCACGAUUUGCACCAUGUCAGCGCAGACCAAGGUGCGCCGGUACUGUCUUCCGCUGGUCACCAAGAUCGUUAACAGCGAGCAGGGCGUACCGCUGGCGAAGUGUUUGCUGGCCGAGCUGACGCGCUACUCCGAGAGUAGCAAAAUCCAGUGCGAAGGGGAACCGCUGGAGGAGGGCGUACCGCCCGCCCAAGCCCUGGUCGAUGCCAUCUACACCGUGUGCAAUGUGGAGGGUGUGGCGAACCCGGACGCUCAAUCGUUGGCGCUCGGGGCGUUGCUCUGCUCGCACCAUCCGGCAGCCGUGUCCGUUAGGGGCGACCUCUGGGAAAGCAUUCUGGAGCGGUACGGGCUGAAUGGCAAGCAGUUCAUCGCGCUCAAUACGGCCCAAAUCGAGGAGACGUUCUUCAGCGCGUACAAGGCGGCGGCCAUGUACGAGAACACGCUUGCGACGCUGUCGCGCAUCAGCCCGGAGCAGAUCCUGUCCGUGCUGGUGAAGAACGUGACGGAGCAGCUGAACAACUCGCGCAUGUCGAACGUGACGGACGAGGAGUACUUUACCUACCUGACGCCGGACGGGGAGCUGUACGACAAGAGCGUCAUACCGAGUGCGGACGAGCAGAUCCAAACAGCGCAUCUGAAACGCGAAAACAAAGCGUACAGCUACAAAGAGCAGCUGGAAGAGCUGCAGCUGCGCCGCGAGCUGGAGGAGAAACGGCGCAAGGAAGGCACGUGGAAACCGCCGCAGCUGACGCCGAAGCAGAAGGAGGUGAUCGACAAGCAGCGCGAGAAGGAAAACGCCAUCAAGGCACGGCUAAAGGCGCUGCACGACACCAUCACGACGCUGAUCUCGCAGAUCGAGGGCGCGGCCAAGGGUACGCCGAAGCAGCUGCCACUGUUCUUCCCCGCCCUGCUGCCCUCGGUGCUGCGCGUGUUUUCCUCGCCACUGGCCGCACCGGCCAUGGUGAAGCUGUACUUCCGCCUGAAGGACAUUUGCUUCGGCGAGGAGCGGGCGGAGCUGGGCCGCGACAUUGCGAUCGCCACGAUCCGGCUGAGCAAGCCGCACUGCGAUCUGGAGGAGAGCUGGUGCACCGCCAACCUGGUCGAGCUGGUGAGUGACAUACUGGUGGCGCUGUACGACGAAACGAUCGACAUGUACAACGUGCACCGGGAGGAGGAGGGCAGCAAGCGGUACCUGCUGGAUGCGCCCGCCUUCAGCUACACGUUCGAGUUUCUCAAGCGCGCUCUCACGAUGCCCGAAGCGAAGAAGGACGAAAGUUUGCUGAUCAACGGCGUGCAGAUCAUCGCGUACCAUGCGCAGCUGAAGGGCGACACGGUCGACGGGAAGGAUCUGGCCGACGUGUACCAUCCCGCGUACAUGCCACGGUUGGAGAUGGUGCGGCUGCUGCUGCGGCUCGUGCAACAGCACCGGGGGCGUGUGCAAACGCAGGCCGUCGCUGCACUGCUGGACGUGGCGGAGAGUUGCUCCGGUCGCGAGUACACUGCGCGGGCCGAUCUGCGCGAGAUCGAUGCGCUGCUGGUAGCACUGCAGGAGGAGCUGGACGCGGUGCGGGACGUGUCGCUGCGCGCCCUUGCCAUCAUGAUCGAUGUGCUGCCCUCGAUUGCGGACGAUUACGAGUUUGGGCUGCGGUUAACGCGCCGCCUGUGGGUGGCGAAGCACGAUCUGUCGCCGGACAUUAAGCUGCUGGCGACGGGCAUUUGGCAGGACGGCGGGUACGAGGUGCCGAUCGUGAUGGCGGACGAGCUGAUGAAGGACAUCAUCCAUCCGGAGCUGUGCGUGCAGAAGGCGGCUGCGGCCGCGCUGGUGUCGAUCCUGGUCGAGGACUCGUCCACGAUCGAGGGUGUGGUGGAGCAGCUGCUCGAGAUCUACCGGGAGAAGGUGGUCAUGAUACCGGCCAAGCUGGAUCAGUUCGAUCGCGAGAUCGAGCCGGCCAUUGAUCCGUGGGGACCGCGGCGUGGCGUCGCCAUUGCGCUGGGCAGCAUUUCGCCCUUCCUUACGCCCGAGCUGGUGAAGAGCGUGAUCCAGUUUAUGGUGCGGUACGGUUUGCGCGAUCGGCAGGAGAUUGUGCACAAGGAGAUGCUGGCCGCGUCGCUGGCGAUCGUCGAUCACCACGGCAAGGAGAACGUGACGUAUCUGCUGCCCACGUUCGAGUACUUCCUGGACAAGGCGCCGAGCAAGGGCGCGUACGAUAACAUCCGCCAGGCGGUCGUGAUUCUGAUGGGUUCGCUCGCGCGCCACCUGGAUCGCGAGGACGAACGCAUCCAGCCCAUCAUCGAUCGGUUGCUGGCGGCACUGGAAACCCCUUCGCAGCAGGUGCAGGAAGCGGUGGCCAACUGCAUCCCGCAUCUGAUACCGGCCGUGAAGGACCGAGCGCCGGAGAUUGUGAAGAAGCUGCUGCAGCAGCUGGUCAAGUCGGAGAAGUACGGUGUGCGGCGCGGUGCCGCCUACGGCAUUGCCGGCGUGGUGAAGGGGCUUGGUAUCCUGUCGCUCAAGCAGCUGGACAUUAUGUCGAAGCUGACGCAGUACAUCCAGGACAAGAAGAACUUCAAGUACCGCGAGGGUGCGCUGUUUGCGUUCGAGAUGCUGUGUAGCACGCUCGGUCGACUGUUCGAGCCGUACAUCGUGCACGUGCUGCCGCAUCUGCUGCAGUGCUUCGGCGACUCGUCGGUGUACGUGCGGCAGGCGGCGGACGAGUGUGCCAAAACGGUGAUGGCCAAGCUGUCGGCGCACGGUGUGAAGCUGGUGCUGCCCUCGCUGCUAAACGCGCUCGAUGAGGAUUCGUGGCGCACGAAAACGGCGUCGGUUGAGCUGCUCGGUUCGAUGGCGUUCUGUGCACCAAAGCAGCUGUCCUCCUGCCUGCCGAGCAUCGUGCCGAAGCUGAUGGAGGUGCUGGGCGAUUCGCACAUCAAGGUGCAGGAAGCGGGCGCCAAUGCACUGCGCGUGAUCGGUAGCGUGAUCAAGAAUCCCGAGAUUCAAGCGAUCGUUCCGGUGCUGCUGACGGCGCUGGAGGAUCCGUCGAGCAAGACGUCCGCCUGUCUGCAGUCGCUGCUCGAGACGAAGUUCGUGCACUUCAUCGAUGCACCGUCGCUGGCCUUGAUCAUGCCGGUGGUGCAGCGCGCCUUCAUGGACCGGUCGACGGAGACGCGCAAAAUGGCGGCCCAGAUCAUCGGCAACAUGUACUCGCUGACGGACCAGAAGGACCUGACGCCCUACCUGCCGAACAUCAUCCCGGGGCUGAAGACGUCGCUGCUCGACCCCGUGCCGGAGGUGCGCGGUGUGUCGGCCCGUGCGCUCGGCGCCAUGGUGCGCGGCAUGGGCGAAUCUUCGUUCGAGGAUCUGCUGCCGUGGCUGAUGCAAACGCUCACGUCCGAGUCGAGCAGCGUGGAUCGGUCCGGCGCGGCCCAGGGCCUGUCCGAGGUGGUCGGCGGGCUGGGCGUGGAGAAGCUGCACAAGCUGAUGCCGGAAAUUAUUGCCACCGCCGAGCGGACGGACAUUGCGCCGCACGUCAAGGACGGCUACAUCAUGAUGUUCAUCUACAUGCCGUCGGCGUUCCCGAACGACUUCACGCCGUACAUUGGGCAGAUCAUCAACCCGAUCCUGAAGGCGCUGGCCGACGAGAACGAGUACGUGCGCGACACGGCCCUGAAGGCGGGCCAGCGCAUCGUGAACCUGUACGCCGAGUCGGCCAUCACGCUGCUGCUGCCCGAGCUGGAGAAGGGCCUGUUCGAUGACAACUGGCGCAUCCGGUACAGCUCGGUGCAGCUGCUGGGCGACCUGCUGUACAAGAUUUCGGGCGUGUCGGGCAAGAUGACCACGCAGACGGCGUCCGAGGACGACAAUUUCGGCACGGAGCAGAGCCACAAAGCGAUCAUCCGCAGCUUGGGCGCCGACCGGCGCAACCGCGUGCUGGCCGGGCUGUACAUGGGCCGCAGCGACGUGUCGCUGAUGGUGCGCCAGGCCGCGCUGCACGUGUGGAAGGUGGUCGUGACGAACACGCCGCGCACGUUGCGCGAAAUCCUGCCCACGCUCUUCUCGCUGCUGCUGGGCUGUUUGGCCAGCACGAGCUACGACAAGCGGCAGGUGGCCGCCCGCACGCUGGGUGAUUUGGUGCGCAAGCUCGGCGAGCGCGUACUGCCGGAGAUUAUUCCGAUACUGGAGCGGGGGCUCAGCUCGGACCAGGCCGACCAGCGGCAGGGCGUCUGCAUUGGGCUGUCCGAGAUAAUGGCUUCGACGUCGCGCGACAUGGUGCUUACGUUCGUGAACAGUCUGGUGCCGACGGUGCGCAAAGCGCUGGCCGACCCUCUGCCCGAAGUGCGACACGCCGCGGCAAAGACGUUCGACUCGCUGCACACGACGGUCGGUGCCCGGGCGCUGGAGGACAUCCUUCCCUCGAUGCUGGAAAGCCUGGGCGAUCCCGAUCCGGACGUAGCCGAAUGGACGCUGGACGGGUUGCGGCAGGUAAUGGCGAUUAAAUCGCGCGUGGUACUGCCGUACCUCAUUCCUCAGCUAACGGCCAAGCCGGUCAACACGAAAGCCCUCUCGAUACUGGCGUCCGUCGCCGGGGAAGCGCUCACCAAGUAUCUGCCCAAGAUACUGCCCGCCCUGCUCGCUGCCCUGGCCGGUGCACAGGGCACGCCGGAGGAGGUGCAGGAGCUCGAGUACUGCCAGGCGGUCAUCCUCUCGGUCAGCGAUGAGGUGGGCAUCCGCACGAUCAUGGACACGGUGAUGGAGUCGACCAAGUCGGAAACGCCCGAAACGCGCCGUGCCGCCGCCACGCUGCUGUGCGCGUUCUGUACCCACUCGCCCGGCGAUUACUCGCAGUACGUGCCGCAGCUGCUGCGUGGUCUGCUCUGGCUGCUGGCCGACAGCGAUCGCGACGUGCUGCAACCGUCGUGGGACGCGCUGAACGCGGUCACGAAGACGCUGGACUCGGCGCAACAGAUCGCACACGUGACGGACGUGCGGCAGGCGGUAAAGUUUGCCAGCAGCGACCUGCCGAAGGGUGGCGAGCUGCCAGGCUUCUGUCUGCCGAAGGGCAUCACACCCCUGCUGCCCGUGUUCCGCGAAGCCAUACUGAACGGGCUGCCCGAGGAGAAGGAAAAUGCGGCCCAAGGGUUGGGCGAGGUGAUUAAGCUAACCUCGCCGGCCUCGCUGCAACCGUCGGUCGUGCACAUCACCGGGCCGCUCAUCCGCAUCCUGGGCGAUCGGUUCAAUGCGGGCGUGAAGGCGGCCGUCCUCGAAACGCUCGCCAUCCUGCUGCACAAGGUGGGCAUUAUGCUGAAGCAGUUCCUGCCCCAGCUGCAGACCACCUUCCUGAAGGCACUGCACGACCCGGCCCGCCUCGUGCGCAUCAAGGCGGGCCAUGCGCUGGCCGAGCUGAUCGUCAUCCACACGCGGCCCGAUCCACUGUUUGUCGAAAUGCACAACGGCAUCAAAAAUGCGGACGAUUCGGCGGUGCGCGAGACGAUGCUGCAGGCGCUCCGCGGCAUUGUGACACCGGCCGGCGACAAGAUGACGGAACCGUUGCGCAAACAGAUCUACACCACGCUGGCUGGGAUGCUGGACUACACGGAGGACGUUAGUCGGGCGGCCGCUGCCGGUUGUUUCGGUGCGCUGUGCCGCUGGCUAACGCCCGAGCAGGUGGACGACGCCCUCACGAACCAUCUGCUGAACGAGGACUAUGGGGAUGAUGCAACGCUGCGGCACGGCCGUACGGCGGCCCUGUUUGUCGCGCUGAAGGAAUACCCGGCCGCCAUCGUGCUGCCGAAGUACGAGACGAAAAUCUGCAAAGUCAUCACGGGGGCGCUCGUGUCGGACAAGAUACCGGUCGCGAUGAACGGGGUGCGGGCCGGUGGCUAUCUGCUGCAGUACGGCAUGGCGGACGACGGGGCCAAGCUGUGCACCGCCCUCAUUGCCCCGUUCGUCAAGUCGAUGAACCACAGCAGCAACGAGGUGAAGCAGCUGCUGGCCAAAACCUGCACCUAUCUGGCGCGCGUCGUGCCGGCGGAACGGAUCGCGCCCGAGUAUCUGAAGCUCGCCAUUCCGAUGCUGGUCAACGGAACGAAGGAAAAGAAUGGGUACGUGCGCUCGAACUCGGAGAUUGCGCUGGUGCACGUGCUGCGGCUGCGGGAUGGGGAGGACUUCCAUCAGCGCUGCCUGACGCUGCUCGAGCCGGGCGCACGGGAAUCGCUCAGCGAGGUGGUCAGCAAGGUGCUGCGCAAGGUGGCAAUGCAGGCCGCCGGCAAGGAGGAGGAGCUGGACGAUACCAUUCUCACGUGAUCAGCGUUCGGGCGUGGCAAAGGGAAAGGCGCAAUCAAUCCGGAAGGCGGCAACAUGGGGUGGCAUAAAACACAACGACGAGGAGGAAGAGGAGGAGGAGGAGGAGGAGAACGAUGGUGGUGGCUGCUGUCACGUUUGAAGCAGGCCCACCAGUCGCUAGUAUCCAUUUUAGGUAGCUCCACCACCAUCCACAGCCAUCGUCAUACUAAUCGUUUUGUAUUAUCGCAAACAGUACGUACCAUUGCAACUAUUACCAGUACUAUUGCUAUUCAAACUGUCGUACAAUAUCAACCCCGGAGAAUAAACUACAUACAAGCGUA